AAGUUCUUUUCAAAUGGUGCGCCAGAGCGUAAUGAUUUACAAAAAUAUUAAAUCCAAUGAGAGGCUCUUGAACAAGAUGGAAACAAACUGUAUAGUGAUUGCGUUACUGACGCUGAGUUCUGUGUACUGUGACAGUGUGUUCAAGAGUAUACCUGUGACUGUCAAAAGUUAUGAGAAUGACUCUGUGCUGCUGCCGUGCUAUAUUCAUGACACAGACGUCAAUAUCCGGGUCCGGUGGUACAAAGGCGAAACCCUACUAGGAGACAGUCGAGACCCCCACCAUCUUCUACCACCUAGGACCCGUCUCCACGCGAACUACAGCUUGGAGAUCGACGACCUUACUGCAGAUGACACUGCCCAAUAUACUUGCGAGGUGAUCCGUCCUAAACCAUGGGGCCCGAUUAAACAGACGCACGCCAUUGAAGUUCAGUCUUCGCCUGUGAUCAGAACGAUACCAGAGGACGGGUUCCUCGAAGUCAAGAAAGGGGAGUUCGUGGAUAUCGGCUGUGAGGCCAGCGGGACUCCGCAGCCGUACGUUACUUGGAGGAAGAAUGGCGAGCCCAUGGCGCUGCUAGAGCACCGGCACCGCAUCAAGUUCAAGGCUGAACACCGUCUGCUGGCCGGGGUGUUCCGCUGCACGGCAGAGAAUGGAGUCGGAGACCCGGCUACAGCCGACAUUCGGGUCAUCAUUCACGAUGCGCCCGUAGUGUCAGCUGUGCGCAGUUUCGUCCACACCGCUGUCGGGCUGCGAGCGGCGUUAGCGGCGCGGGUAGAAUUCGCCGCUCCGAUGCCGCGAACUACGUGGUAUCGGGACGGGCGCGCCGUACACACCGAUGACAGGAUACACAGGGUGGUUAAGGACAACGUGCACCAGCUUAUAUUCCGUCGAGUCCAGGCCAGAGACCUGGGGAACUACACCUUCCGAGCAGAAAACGCGCUCGGCAUGGCCGACGUCUCCUUCAAACUCACAGGGGUCCCGAACGUAGCUUCCUUCAAAGUGGACCCGACGUUGAACAGGGCCACCUCCACCGGAUUCACCCUCAUCUGGGAGGUCGAUUCAUACUCCAACAUCAUUGAAUACAACCUAUGGCUGCGGCCAUACUACGGCCGUCUGGCCACCGAGCCCGACAGCUUCACUACGCAGUCCCCGACCAAUCUCUGGCACAAGAUCAUCGUACCAGGUGACUCCAGUGACGGGCCAAUUCAUAGUGCCACUUACACAGUGAGAGGCCUCACGCCCUCUACCGUCUACGAAGCAAUAGUCACGUCAAGAAACAGUUUCGGGUGGAGUAAACCAUCGUCGAUCUUGCAUUUUGCGACUGAACCUGGAGCGGGCAACUACUCUCCAGUGACCCACGAUUACAACGACUACCCAAUAAUCCUAGAAGACCCGAAGGAAGCGCACAACCUGACGCAAGCGAUGGUGACCUACGGCGCCGGGUCGACGGUUCAACCGGCGGCCAUUUUGAUUUCUAUCGUAAACUUCAUUGUGAUUGGUACAUUUUGAUAAAG